CCCUAGCCCCCGCCGCCUGCUUCCUCCUCCCCUUUCCCUAUUAUCUACCCCUCCUCUUCCCUGUUUUCUUUCCCGCUAAGUGCUUAAUUUCUAUUUUCUUCUCUUUGCUUCCCGUUUUCUCCUCUCCAACCCAGUUUCUCCUUCGACAAACCCCUCCCCAUAUUUUCUCCCCUUCCCUUUCUCUUUUCCUCCUCCCCCUGAUCUCUUGCCUCUUGUUUCUUUCCUCUUCGUGGCCCCUUAAGUGUUUCCUCCCUUCACGUUUUCUCUCUUCCCCCCAUUUAUUUUGUCCAUUUCUCCUUUCUCCCCAACCCCUCGGGUUUCUCCCCUCCUCUUCCUUUCGGGGGUUCUCCCCCUCGCCCCUCCCCCUGCCGUCCCCAAUGGGCGGGGCUCGCUGGUGGAACGCGGCGGUUGCCUAGGGAACGAGGCAGCCUUGGAAGGGGGUGCUCAGUGUUUCUCUGGCUGGGCUCGGAGAGCAGGGCGGGGGACACUGUCUGUGGGUCAGUCGGUCAUUUCUUCUCUUGAGUGGGCGGCACUUUGGCGACUGGAGAGAGGACGAUGAGCAGGUACGGGCCUCGAUGUUCCGGGGCUUCCAGGACGGUGCUUUCUAAGGUGUGUGCCAUUGUCAUGCAGGUGUGGUACAAAGAGGGAUAGAGGCUCCAAGAAUGCUAGAAGUAAUUGGCCCUGAAGGUGAAGUCUUUUUGGAAGCUGACUUGACAAUUUCAGGGCGGAAUUGUUUAGACAGACCAGACAUUGCUAAGGAAUCAAAGAAAAGACACUAUGGCAAAUUGCAGGUGCUUGAUCCAAAUGACAGACCAGCUCCGAGUUACUCUGCUUCCUCGGAAAACACCUGCCAGGAUGCCCCAAGCUCUCUCAGCCCUGAAGACACAGGUCAAGAUACAGCAGUUGCAAAAAAUAAUAAUGACUCCUCACAAAAUCCUGAUGAUGGGCUAUCUGAAACUACAGAAGGUGAUGAUGAGAAACAAACUAAUGAGGAAUAUGUUGGGAAAAAUGUUGCACCAUUGGAGUUAAUGACAGAGUUCCUAAGAGCAGUAAUGAGCCGAAAUUACACUGUGGCAAAAAAAUUAUGUCAAUUAAUACUAAUCUAUGAACCGGAAAACCCUGAAGCCAAACAGUUUUCCUCACUGAUUGAAGAAAAAUUGCUAAUGGAGAAAACCCAUGCUGGGGAAGAAGAAGAAGAUGAAGAUGAAGAAGAAGAUGAAAGUGAUGAUAGUAGCGAUGAUAGUGAAGAAGACAGCAGUGAUGAUAAUGAUCAAAGUGAAGACAGUUCUGAUGAAUCUGAAGAUAUAUAAAAAAUUCCUAUGACUCCCAUGGCCUAAUGGUUUUUCAUUCAUUUUUAGCAACAUUCACUUUUUUUAUUAGUAUUUACUAU